AUGUCUCCUCCGUCCCCCGGUGUUUGGUGUAUUAGCACGGCGGAGCUGGUACUGAUGCUGCCGGAGAGCAACGCAUCUUCGGACGGACACCAACCACCAACGCCUUUGGGCCGUAGUAAGCGGGGCGCAUGCGGCACGGGGGGAUUCUGGGUAGUGAUGUUCUGGUGGCGCGGCAAAUCUGGAUUUGUUUUCAACAAGUCAAUUUCAGACUGUGAAAAUAUCUUUACUAACAAAACUGAACAAGACUCAAGAAAGACCUGCAUUUUGUCAAACGUUAAUACAAACCACAGUGGAUGGUACUUUUGCAAAGUCACAACAGAGAUUCCCAGUUUAACAGAAAUUCACAGCAAUGGAACAGAAGUAAAUGUUUGGCAAACUUUUCCUCCCGCAGACCCUCCUGCCCUGAGUGACAACUGGUGGAUAUGGGUGGUGUUGGGAGCAUCCUCUUUCAUCCUGUUCAUCCUGACGGUCACAUGUGUCCUGCUCUCAAGAAGACAAGAAAAUAGAGAAGAGCCCAUCUAUGCAAACACCCCCAACAAACAGCCUUCACCUCGGCCGUCCAUGAGCGCAGCAGCGGUCAGCCUGAAGGCAGCUUCUUCCUUUCAAGACCCGCGGACCCCGAGUCCUGCCAGCAGAUACGACGAAGGCAAACGGAGAUAUAGACACUGAACAAGUCACGGACCUCACAAACUAAUGCCAGCAAAGGUCCUCACAGCUAAUUUCACCGGGACACUGAAAGAAACUUUCCCCUUUCAUUAUUGUCGGAUCUACAUUUUGUUCAUCUGGAUUACUGGUUUAGGGUUUUUUCAUUCAAACUGUACGUUUUUUAAAAUGCGCAGGUGAAGUAGCUUUUAUGAGCCACUAGAUGGCAGAUGAUGAAUGCGGUGUGAAUGUGUAAAUUCAUGGUUUUGUUCCCUUAAUUUUUGUAUUGUAUUACUUAAUAUUGAAUAUGAUGAAUACUGAAUAUUUGGAAAUGUUUUCAAUAGCUUUUGAAUGGAGUAUGGAGAAGAUUUAUACACAAAUAUGUGUAUUUUUGUAUAUUUUUUUUA